ACUCGCUGCUUCCGCCGCCGCACUCGUCUUCUCUUCUCUCCUCUUCGCUUCGCUUCUCGCUUGCGACCGCUCGACAUGUCCAAGGUGAAGGACCAGUACGCCGACGGCGAGGCGGCGCGCGCGUGGGCGCGCUUCAUCGGCGACGCGUCGCGCCGCACGCGCCACUACGGCGCCUUCCUGCGGCGGCUGCUGCGCGCGCGCGGCGCGGAGCGCGUGCUGGACGUGGCGUGCGGCACGGGCGUGGACAGCGUGCUGCUGCUGGAGGCCGGCUUCGACGUGACGUCGUGCGACGCGUCCGACCAGAUGCUGAAGCACGCGCUGCGCACGCGCUGGGCGCGCCGCAAGGAGCCGGCCUUCGACCGCUGGGCCAUCGAGGAGGCCAACUGGCUGACGCUGCCCGAGGACCUGCCCGACGCGCGCGACCGCUUCGACGCCGUGCUCUGCCUCGGCAACUCCUUCGCGCACCUGCCUGCGCGACCCGGGCCCGACCCGCAGGCCGACCAGCGCCGCGCCAUCGCCAACUUCUGGGGCUGCGUGCGCCCCGGCGGCGCGCUCAUCGUGGACCACCGCAACUACGACGCCAUCCUCGCCACCGGCGCCACGCCCAAGAGCUGCUUCUACUACAACAAUUCCGUGACGGACAUCCGCACGUCGGUGGUGUACGUGGACGGGGAGGCGGUGGAGGUGGCGAUGGACUACGAGGUGGGGCGCGGGGACGGCAAGAGCGUGGAGGCCGCGCGCGAGGAGAGCCAGAAGGCGAAGAGCUGCUUCCGCCUCACCUACUACCCGCACCGCCUCGACGACUUCUGCGCGCUGCUGCGCGACGCGCUGGGGCCCGUGGCCGGCCACACCGUCUACGCCGACUUCCGCCCCACGCCCGGCUACACGCACGGCCUCGAGGGCGACGGCCUCGGCCUCCCCGACCUGGAGGGCGACGACGACGCACAAGACGGCGACGGCGACGCCCCCGACGACCAGCCCGCCGUCUACGUGCACGUGCUGCAGAAGCCCCUCUGAGCGCCUCUUGCCAGCGGGGGGGCCACAUCGCCAACGAAACAUCAGCACAGCAUCACCGAUUUAAUUCCAUAAAUAUGGUCCUUUUAUGCGUACAAAAUAUUUCCAUAAAUAAUAAAUAAAAUUCUAUAAUUCUAUAAAUGCUAUAACGUAUUUACCUACAGUCAAAUUAUUAUAGGUAACAAAUAGGGAAAAUCAGAUCAAAUAUUUUUUUUUAAUUUUUUCCAAUUCAUUUUACCCACAAUAGUUUUACUGUAUAUUAAUAUAUAUUGGACUAUAUUUAUAGAAUUAAAUUUAAAUAAUAAGAUAGUCAUAAACAACAAAGUUCAAAAUCAUCGAUGAUUUUAAAACUGGAUUAGAAACCAUUGAAAUUCAUACAGAGAAAUUUAAUUUCAAAAAAAUUCACUGUUAUUAGAUUUAAUUGAGGUUUAACUGACAAAAGAAAGUCAAAAAAAUUGAACAACUGCCAAAAAAGUAUAUUAUUGAAUCGGAUAAUUCCUAAUUAAUAUAGGAUUCUUUAUUGACGAAAACUUACUUUUAUUUAUUUAUCACCCUUAGUAACUUUGGUAUGAAAAAUAUUGAAGUUAUAGAAAUCUGAAAAUUAUUAUAGAACUAAGGAUUUCUUUCAUUUUAAAAAAAUUCACUACUAAAAACAUCGGUAUUAAAAGCACCAGCAUUAAAAUAUCGAUGUUAAAUACGUUGAUGAUUUUAUAAAACCGUGUAUAUUUUGAAAUCAUCGUCAGUGAAGUCGUAUCGCAAGUUUGGAGAUCUCCCAGCUGUCGAGCUUGCCGGGUGGGG